AUGGUCUACUUAUGUAACCAUAGUAGCUAACAGAUGACAAGACCUUUCUGCAGAACAAAGCUUCCUGAUGAAGGAGCUUCCUUAAUAAGCCACAGUGUUUUAUAUUGAUCACAAUUACUGCAAGCUAAUCCUUCAAAAAUCUUCCAAACCAUUGUGUUUAAGGAGGCUUGAUUCUCUUUGUAAAGUUAAUUCUAUACAUGGGAAACCGUCAGUCUUGGUUAGGUAGUUUAAUCAAGAAAGUUUUGAAGCCAUCAAAUGGCGAAGUAGCAGCUCCGAUUUCUUCAGAUGAUGUAUCCACGGAUUCUGAAGAAAACACGGCAGGGACACGAAUUAUAAGCUCUGCAUCAGUAAGCAAAGCUUCCCAGACCAUAUCUAAUUCCUCCUCGCCGAGCGUUGGAUAUCCUUCUUUUCGUCAAAAUUUGGAGGCUGCAUUGCUGGAUUUCCGAACUAUUUCUGGCCAUGGGGAGCAAGAUGCAUAUUGUGUAUCUGUGGCGGCCAUGUUUACACUCAACCAACAGCUUUUAUAUGCCUACAUGAAUAUGGGGAGUGCUGCGGUUAAACUACAAUUUGUGGACAUGUGUGUUCAUUAUUAUGAGAGGAACAAGUGAACUUGUAUAAUCUUUCUGUACGUUGAUGCUCAAUUGACAUAAAAUUAACCUUGUUAUCCAUUAUAAUUAGUUCUUCGUCUUGUCAAUUUUUAUCAAAUUAAUGCUAUAAUGA